AAAAUUGUCCGGAAUAAUCCCACCUUUGAGCCAUCCGCCCAAAAUAAUCCCACCUUUGGAUUAUUUUUAAUUAUCCGACCUUUAUUGUCAAUCUGCUCCUAAUGGUCCCAAUUAACCUGUGUAACCGGGAUAGGUAAAUUUUUUUUUAAUUAAGUUUAAUUUACAAGUGUCAUCACGUGAUUGGUAAAAAAUAUGUUUUAUUUUAAUUUUGUUUUAAGAAAUGAUUGUUAGUAAUUAACAUUAGUUAAUUAUUUUUAAUUUCUUUUUCAAAAAAAAAACCCUAAAAUUUAAACCAAACCCUAGCCCCAUCACGACCCCAGCUACCUCCCUGACUGCCCCUAGCGUCGGCCUAGACGAGGCUCAGAGCCACUAGCUUCCCCGCGCGUGGUUCACCGACCUCCCCUCUACCCCUUUCCGUCGCCACUAAACCACCACAACCAAUCAACCGUUACCGAAAUCAAGGUUGAGGCUAGGUGGGAGGACUGGGUCAAUGGCUUUAAUACGGUCGCCGGUAGGGAGAUAGGUUAGGGUUUCGUGGGGCAAGGGGUUGGGGGCUGGGCGUGGGAUCUCAUUGGCAGGGGUAAGGGGUUUGUGUGCUAGUUGGAGUCGGGGUCAGGGCUCGUUGGCAGGGGUUGGUGGCUGGUUGGGGUGGGAACUGGUGGUGAAUCGAGGGUUUGGAUUUGACGAGGCUGGUUGGUGGUUCUGGGGGAGGAGUGUUAGGCUGGCGUGGGCGGAGUCGGAAUUGGCGCCGGAGUUAGCAUCAGAGUCGACUUCGGGUGGUCGGGGCAGGGAUUCAAGUGGCGGUGGGGUGGCUUGGCAGCUAGUGGGGUGGCUUUAAAAUAAUUAAUUGUUUUUUUUAAAAUUUUUUCUUUACAAAAAAAAAAAAUUUAACUUUUUUGUUUAAAUUUUUAUUUCACAUUUAUUUUUUGGACCAAAUCACAGGCCGCCACGUGUCAGGUAACCUAUUAUAACAAGUUACAUGACCGGUUGGGACCAUUAGGAGCGGAUUGACUAUAAAGGUCGGAUUAUUUAAAAAUAAUCCAAAGGUGGGAUUAUUUUGGGCGGAUGGCUCAAAAGUGAGAUUAUUCCGGACAAUUUUUCCUUUUUUUUUUUGGAAUAUCAGAACUUCAGACGGAUGUAAAGUUGUAAUAGAACAUUGGAUCUUGAUGAUUUCAAGAUUGCUCAUAUUUCAGAUAUUUAAGUGAAUUCUGCUUGUAUUUGAUGGUCUUACAGGGGGUGUACCAUAGAACAAUAUGGAGGAUCCUCCUCCUGUUAAUAGCCCAAGAAGAGUUCUCAGCCUGUUGAGGAAAAGGAAAGGUGUUGGCUCCUCCCUGAAUGUUGAUAAUAAGGCUUCUGGAUUGGGUGUAUCUGGUCAGCAUGGUCCAAAACCAGCUGAAGUAUAUGGCUUUGUGGGUUCUAUAACAACUAUUGUUGCAACAGCUAUAUUCUUCAUAUGGGCAUAUGUUCCUGAGCACUGGUUGCAUUCUAUUGGGAUCUUCUACUAUCCUAGCAGGUACUGGGCUGUAGCUGUACCAACUUAUUGUAUGGUCAUAAUAGUCUUGGGACUGGCAUUUUAUAUAGGCCUUAACUUUAUGGCAACUCCUUCUCCAACCUCUUUAAAUGUGAUUUAUGAUGAGCACAGCAGAGAGCCACAAAAUUUCAAGACAUCAACUGUUGAAGAUGAUCAGCCUAUUGAACCUAUCUCGGAUAUUGGCAUCAACCAAAUAAAUGAGCUUAUGUUUAGAGAUUUAAAGUGACAAAUGUUUAUGUUGACAUAUGUGGACCAAACGUUGAAAAUAUCUGGUACAAAAGGCCUUGAAUAAUUCCUUCAAUGAUGUGAGCACGCUUUCCCCAGUCAAGCUGCAAACUUUUCACAGGAUCUGUAAUGAUUUGAAAGACACAGAAGAAUCAAUAAGCUGGUAGAAACAUUAUGUCCAUGUUUUCAGCAGUUCACUGACUAGAUUUGUUGUCAUCGGUGAACUUAGUCAAACAAAAGCUAUACCGAAGAGAUAAUAAUCCAAGCUGCUAUUUGGAAGGUAUUCAUAAAUAAGCAUCUUUUCUUCUCUUUUCA